GUAUCCUGUCUCUGAUUGGUGGAUAUUUUCAUUGUUUUGCCGGAAGUGAGGUCUGGUGAGACUGCGGUGAUGGCGGAGGUCAGCGGCAGUGUGAGGAGUGGCGUUCACAAACUCUACGUUAUUAAAACACUGCGAUCGCAUUACUACCCUCCUCCUCCUGCGCCACCGGGAGCUCGCGCACACAGCAGCCGCAGCACAGCCGCUGACUCGGACCCCUCCGCGUCGCUCCACCGCAGCCGCACCGCGUAUUACGACAUCCUGAAGGUUUCCCCGAACGCCACGCAAGCGCAGAUCAAGAGCGCCUAUUACAAGCAGUCGUUCCUGCAUCACCCGGACCGGAACCUCGGGCGCAGCGAGGAGGCGGCGCGGAACUUCGCGCUGGUCGCGGAGGCCUACAGUGUGCUCGGCAGCAUUGGCCUCCGGAGGCGUUACGACCGCGGCGCUCUCGAGCAGAGCGACGUGCAGAGCGCCGGGAGACCGAGCUCCUCGAACGCGCCCAGACAGCGGCCUCGACGCGCCGCCAACGUGCGCUUCGACUUCGACGCGUUCUAUCAGGCGCAUUACGGCGAGCAGCUGCAGAGAGAGAAGGAUACGCGACGCCGGGAAGAGCUCCUCCGGAAGCUGCAAGAGGAGAACUUCCGGAAGUGGAAACAGGGGAAACUGACGGAAGUGACGGUGACGUUCCUGCUGAUCUGUGGAGUUGCUCUUCUCAUCAGCCUGAGGUCCUCCUGAGUGUGUGAACAAACGAGAAUUACAUACUGACUGACUGACUGACUGUUUCACAGAUGGAGAACUCUUUAAUCAAUGAAAGUGUUUGUUUUGACGGAAUGUAGGUUAUUUAUUUACAGGAAUAUGGCUGUAAUGUUGUUCAUUGAACAUUGGUCCUGUGAAUGUGCGAUUUAUAGCCAAAUUAAGCUAAAAACAAGAAUAAUAAACCUCAAGCCUGUUUAUGGUCAUAAUAAUGUCCAGUAUGAUGGACUGGAAGCACUUGACAAGUUAAAGUCUCCAUGAAAGCAAAAUGGAGCAUUCUUGUGUGGGUUUUUGUUGACAGAACUCAACGCAGGUGUCAAAUUAAUAUGUUAAUUGUCUCAAUUUCAAAUCUGCUGGUUCAACAGAUUAUUUAAAUAAGUUCAAUAAGCUACCAAUCAAAUAAAAUCAAUUCAAGAUUCAUCUCUG